UACAUCUAAGAGUUUCCAGUGUGCCGUGACAAAAGGUUCUCGCACUGGCUGGUGAAACUCUCGUGUCACGGUGGUGCGUUCAACGAAGCGUGUAUCGGGGAAGAAGCGACGUAGAGGGAGUCUCAGUGUCUCUUAUGUUGGGCCUCAAACGACCGGUCGGUGACGUGCACGACGCUGCUGACGACAUCGCCUGUUCCUGAUCGAGCGACUUCCCGCACCUUCAGCGGCGACGUACGAAGACCAAACGGGAGAUCCCCAAUCGAACUGCAUUGGAAGCUGCUGACGGGGACGAUGGCGGCACGGUACAUGUCUCCAGUGAUGGCGAUGAUGGCGGCUUUGUUUGUGGCGACGGUCCUGAGCGCUGCCUCUUCUGCUAGUGCAGGAGGAGCACCCCCGAAGGUGUCGAUCAGAGGGCUGACGUUCGCUGGCACUGGUUGUAGUUGGAGUGACAGCAACUAUGCCUUCUCUAACAACUACCAGACCGUCACUUUCAUCUUCGGCGGGUUGGUCGCGACCACUGAUUCAGGCUUGGCGGGAAGGCGCAAGUUCUGCCAGCUCUCGUUCUAUUUGGACUACCCGAAUGGCUGGAGCUUCACGCUCGGACAAGUCACUGGCCGCGGGUUCGCGAGCAUCGGAAAGGGCUCCAAGGGCGUGUACGAGACGCAGUUCUACUUCUCCGGCCAAACUGGGACGCCGACGGUGAGGCGCACCAUCUACGGCAAGCAAGAGGGCAACUUCGAGUUCACUGACAAGUUCCUCACGUUCGUCUACAGCCAGUGCAACAGCGCCCCCAACCUGAACAUCAAGUCGGUCGUGCGAGUGGAGGGAAAGAAGGCCGUCAUCGGUCUCGAUUCUUCCGACACCAAGUUCCAGCUGAAGUUCGCCUGCAUCUGGAAGAAGUGCUGAUGUGGACACCGGGUUCUCGAGGGCCAAGCGGGAGGCAGCGUCUAUUGUAGGCAGUCGUUGUGAUCGGGCAGAGAUGGACGGAGCGGAUGACCGCGUUGAUAUGCUGCUAACGGGUGAGUCCGGAUUGGGGUAUCAGUCCGCUGGACUCAAGAUGCUGUAGAAAGAACUAAUCCCGUGCAGAAGAAGUCGGUAGCUGGUAGGUUAAUUACGGGCUAUCGGGUUGCUACGGUCACCUUAAUGCAGUUAGUUAUUGGUCACGACGAAGUUCGCUAGUUUACAUGCAUCAUGCAUUUCCCAUGUUAUGUAUGCGUAUCGUCUGAAAAAUGACGUUGAAGAUCCGGUGCGCUUGUUCAAACCACCGUGGAACAUUAGUUAUUCUCUGUGUGUCCUCGCUCCCUCCCUAUCUGUCUCUGUCUCUCUCUCUCUUUCUCUCUCUUUCUUUCUCUCUCUGUGCGGCUUGCGUCUUUGUGUCUGCGAUUGUCUGUGUCUGUCUGUCCGUCCCCCCCACCUUGUCUGUCUGUGUGUCUGUACCUCUCUCUUUGUGUGGUGAUUUAGUGAUCUCAUUUCAGCACACUUCAAACGUUAUAUGGAAGCUUAGAAUCUGUAAUCGCAUUUAAGUAGUGUGUGAAAACUCAAGUGGAGUCCUGUUUCCCGCUUGUAUGCCAGUUUCCGAUCAUAGACAGCCUUCCAUCCAUUUUCAAGCAAAAUGUGAGGCCAUAACUACUGAGCACUGAGGUCGUGAGCUGAGAAGGUGAAGUGCGUCGCGAGUAGAGGCAGUUCAAGACUCGUCUCCACAUGGUUUCGUCUGGAGUCGGGGGACGUCAGCUGGCACGACAAUUAAGGAGAGGCGUCUUUUCUUCGUGACGAGAUUCCAGACGAGGUGGUUCCGCACAUGCGCGGACUUCGCCUAACGCUGGCACGAUGAUUAAGGCGAGGCGGCUCAAAUCGGAGCAACGUGUCUGUGUCUGUAUAUUUGGCCAAUCGUCUUGAAACUUAUCCUUUUCGUUCUGAAGCUUGGGACAGCUUUCCAAAUUCGGAAGGUGGAAACUUAUCGCUGUAUGGAUUGGUCUUCAUCGAGUCAUGGGAAAAACACUAGUUGGUUAAUUGCUUGCACAUCACUAAUUUGUUUAUUCUUUUAUUCUUCUCAUUAUUUCCAAUCUGUGUCCAUGUUGGAUUUCAUGCUGCCAUGAUGCUGGUCAUCUGAAUGAUGAGUUCAUCUUCUCAUUCUCUUUGUUCGUCAUUGUCGUCAUUUGUUUGUUUAUUUAUUCUUCUUUAUUUCCAAUGUGUUCAUAUUGGAUUUCAUCUGAAUGAUGAGUUAAUCUUCUCGUUCUCUUUGUUAGUUAUUGUCGUCAUUUGUUUAUUUGUUUAUGCUUUUCAUUAUUUCCAAUUGUCUCCAUACUGGAUCUCAUGCUGCCAUGAUGCUGGUCAUCUGAAUGAUGAGUUCACCUUCUCAUUCUCUUUAUUGGUUAUUGUCGUCAUUGGUGUCGUCACUGGCGUAAACCUUUGUGCUUUCUGAUUGUCAUUGAUGUCAUUGUUGUUGUGAGUGGGUCGUUAUUUAUUGUUCUCAUUCCUCUAAUGAAUAGCCAUUGUUCUC